AUGAAGCAGGCGCACGAAGGUGGACCUGUUCGUGUCGCAAAACAGCCACCUUUGCCCACAGAGCCGCAUCCUGGAAUGUACAAUCCAGUGCCAUCAAGGCCACCUCCGCCACCGCCUCAUCUAUCAUUCAAGGUGACGAAACAAUUGUCAGGAUUGUCGGCAGACCGACGACCACUGGAUAAAGCAACUGGAAAAGUUGCCAGCUGUAUAGAUGGAAAUGCGGCUCAUCCAUAG